CAGACCUGAGAGCCGGAGGGGGAUUUGUUCGGUGCUUAAAGGGACAACAUCUCCAUCACUGCUGGGCACCUUUUCGCUUUGCUCCAGGAAGCAGACGCCACCCCUAACUUACCUGGACCCCUCUGUUUCUCUCUCUGGGUCCCAGUCUCUCCCUCUAUGGCUGAGUGACCCCUGAGGGCUCCUCCAGCUCCAGAAGCCUUCCCGUUUGACCUCACUGAUCUUUCUUGUUCUGGUCCAAGUGCUGUGGGGUCACUGGAGACCUGAAGUUCACAGCCCACUAGGGAUAACCCCAGGGCCCUUUUCUUUGGCUCCUGCUUCCAUCUAGAGGAGGGCAGUGGUAGUGCAGGACACCCCACACCGCACCCUGCCCCAGCCAGAUUCCUCCUACAUCACCACCAUCCACGUUAUUAAGUACUUACCGACUGCCAGACACCGUGCUCAGCACUUUCCAACAUUAUUUAAUCCUCACAACCACAUUCUAGGGUAGAUACUGUUAUUAGCAUCCCCAUAUUACAGAUAGGAAAACUUAGGUUCAAAGAGAUUAAAUUCUUCUAAAUCUCACAGCUAAUAAGUAGUAGAUCUUUAAGAAUUAUAUCCCAAAGAAUGUGCCUGUAACCACUGCUCUGCUCUCCCUAAAACCUUUCCAUUUCUGAAGAGGGUCCAAAAGUUCAUAACUCUUUGCUGCCAACACUGGGAGGAGGAAGUGGUUCUACUCCCUCGUUCUCGUGAAACGGCUGGGUGGAGGAGGUCUGUGGAAAGUGUCGGCGCUAGACUCAGACAAGGCUACGUUUCAAAUCUCUGCUGCAUGUUAACAUAGGAUAAUACCCAAGGAAACAGCCCUGCCCAGGGAGCUGGCUUCAAAUUCAAGAUCAACCGAUCCAACAAGGCACCCUGCAGGCAAAGCUGGCAGAGUAGACGCUUCAACGCAUUUCCAUGGCAGCCCACCAAAACCUGGCCUCAAAGAUCUUCUGUCUGUGCUGCAGACACUGUGAGGAGCCCCAGUCCAUAGAUGACUCCAAGACCUCCAGUCAAACCCAAGAGCAACAGUCAGCGAUCCACAGUUUGCAGAAGGAUGAACUUGGCCCACAAAAUCCCGAGCACACUACAGCAGCCUCCUCCUUGCCUCCGGGACGACCGCUGGUCCAUCCAGCAAAGACAGCCUCCGCUGUCAGCAGCAGUGAGCUUGAGGAUCUGAAUAUACACGAUUCCCAAAGAGGUUUUUACAAGAGAAACCUAAACCGCUACUCCCGGGAUCACUGGCCCUUCCAGCCCUGCCUCAUUGGGAGACCCUGAGCCUUCUAGUCAGCAGCCCCACGCAGGUCUCUGAGGCUGCACAGCGGCUGGAGCGUCUCCAGGAGGAAGAGGGCGGCGCACAGAGGUCAUGAAGACGGAUUCGGAAACUCCCCCAGGAGGAGGAGAAGAUGUCUGAGCCAUCCCCCGUGCCGCGAGCAAGAGUCACUUCCGCUCCUGAAAAAGCCACUGCAGGAGGAGCUGCCUCCAAUUAAAGUCCGUGAUUGCAUCCCAGGACUGGGUGCCUCCUCUUUUCCCCUCCCCCUUACCUAGGAGUCUCUUCCAAACGGUGUCUUAUCGUUUUGAAAAAUACUGUCACAUCUAACUAACCUAAAACAAUUUUUUUUAACUUUUUGGACAGCUUUUUAUUACGUUUGAAAUAAUAUCAAACUUACAGAAAAGUUGCAAGAACGGUACAGAGAACUCCUAUUUACCUUUCACCGAGAUUCACCCAAUCUUUACGUUUCCUCAUUUGCUUCAUCAUUUCGUCUCUCUCUCUCCGUCUGUUUUCUGAACCAUUGGAGAGUGAAUUGUGCUCAUCACGUCCCUUUACCCCUAAAUCCUUCAGUGUGUAUUUCCUAAGAACAAGGAUGGUCUUGUACAUCACUCCAGCCCCGUUAUCAAAAGCAGGGAAUUCAAUGUUGGUACAUUCAGAUUUCACUAAUUGUCCCAAAAAUGUCUCAUAGCUACUUUUUGGCCCAGUCCAGGAUCGAAUCCCACAUUGUGAAUUGCUUGGAAUUGUCGUGUCUUUAGUCUUCUUUAAUCUGGAACGGGUCUGUCUUUAUCUUCAAGAGCUAUACAUUUCUGCAGAAGACAGGCACAAGUGUCUUCUAGAAUGUUCCUCAAUUCGUGUUUAUCUUUUGAUUAGAUUCCAUUUUUGCAUUUUGGGCAGGAAUACCACAACAGCCAUAUUGUGUCCUCCUCGUUGCAUCAUAUCAAGAGGUACGUGGUGUACGUAGGUCCCAUUAUUGGCGAUGUUAACUCACUUGGUUAAAGGGCUGUUUGCUGCCAGGUUCCUCCACUACGAAUUACUAUUUUUCCCUUUGGAAUUAAUUAGUAAUGUGUGGGAGGGGGAUACUUGGAGGCUCUGUGAAUAUCCUAGUCCUCAUCAAACUUUCACUCACUAGUUUCAGCACUGAUAAAAGAUUCUUGCCAGAACCAUUCUUAUGAUGAUAUUUGCCAAAUAGUGAAUUUCCCAAUUUCAUCAUUCCUUCUACAUCCAUUAGUUAAUCUUCUACCGCAAGGAAAAGCUUUCCUUCUUGCCCUUUAUUAAUUUAUUGGUAUGUUUGUUUGUUUAUAUAAAUUCAGAUUCAUGAAAUCCUUAUUUUAUUAAAGUGGCUAUAAUCUACUACUAUCAUUAUUUAUUUUGAUGCUCAAAUUGUCCCAUAUUUGACCAAUGGGAGCCCACUGGAAGCCAGCUCCUGUGUUCUUUUGACAUGUCUCCAUGAUUCUUUUAACGCUCUUUUUUAGCACACAAGGUAUUUAGACUCAUAUUUUCCCCAUCUUAGCCCUGGAAAUAGCCAUUUCUUCAAGGAGCCUUGGUUUUUCUUGUAAAGAAGUGUUUUCAGAAAGCAAGAGCUCAGCCUUAGGAGUGCUUGCUGCUACUGGGGCGUCAUUACUUUUAGGCCUUUUCAGUGGACAAAGCUAGGAAAUACACAAAUACACAUACACAUAUGCAGAUAUAAAUUCACAAAACACACAAACACAGAAAACAAGGGAAAGAGAUAACAACAAACAGUAGUUCACACUCAUAUCUCCAAUUCAAUCCAACACCAUAGAAUUUAUGCUGGUUUCCCCUUUUCAUAUUUGUAAUUCCUUUCGCCGUGAAAGACUUGGAUCCCACUAUCUUCUAUAUAUUUACUCAUUUGCCCAAUCCUGAAAUUAGUUUCAGAACAAUUGCAGCUCUUUUUAUCUGUUACCUAAAGAUUUAUAUCCAAAUACUGCAAAAAUUAUUUAAGUUACUUCUUUCUCUUUUCCCCCUCCUGGUGGUUAUAUCAUUCCUUUGAAAUAGAGUUGGUUUCAUUUGCUUCUGUUUGUAUUUAAUUUUAGCAUUUUCCCCAUCCUUGUUGAUCUAAUUUUGGGGGUAUAUAAACCAUGAAUCUGGUUCCAAAGUCAAAACAAUACAAGAAGGUACAUACAGAAGUGUCACUCCUCCGCCAAACCCUUCCUCCUUGUUCCCACUCACGUUGGUUUCUGGUUUAUUCUUCCUGUUUCUUCUUGCAAAAAUAAGCACAUGCACAAAUAUUUCCUUUUUUCUCCUUCCUUAAAAGUUAACAUACUAUAGAAACUCUUUUCUACUUUACUCUUUUUAACUUUAUAAUAGAUCCUGAAAAUCUCCUCAUAAGAAUUCAUGGGGAUCUGAUUCUUUAUCCGUUGCAUGGUUCUGCAUCGUGUGACCGCACCAUAGUACCAUUGAACCACUGGGGCCCCAACUGAAUAGUCUAUUCAAUUACUCUCCUAUAUGUGAGCACUUAGAUUAUUUUCAAUAUUUUACAAUUACAAACACUACUGCAAUGAAUAGCCUUGUCCACGGAUAUUUUUGUAAUGGAUGGUCUACCCUUUAGGGUUAUUUCCUAAGUGUGGACUUUUGAGCCAAAUAGUCCACACAUACAUACAUAUUUUUGUUAGAUGUUGCCAAAUUCCCCUCUAAGAGUAUAUGAUAUAUGAGAGUACCUGUUUGUCCUCACCAACUUUUACAUUUCUGUCAACCUGACAGGUAAGAAAUGGUAUCUCAUUUUGGUUUUCAUUCACAUUUUUCUUACCAUGAAUAAAUGAAGAUCCACAUCUUUUCAUAUAUUUAAGGGCCAUUUUUACAUGUUUUUGUCAAUUAUCUGUUUAUUUCUUCUGCUCAUUUUCCAUUGUCUUUUUUCCUUAAUUUUUAAGCAUUCUUUAUAGACUAGGAAUAUUAGUUCUUCACAUGAGAUAAAGAUUACAAAUAAUUUCUCCUGUUUUCCAUUUGUCUUUUGGUUUUGCUUGUGGUAAUUUUGGACUUGAAGUCAAAUUUAUUAAGAUUUUACUGCGUCUGGAUUUUGGGUCAUAGUUAGAAAGCUUUGCCAUGCAUUCAGUUUUUAGAGGAAUUCGCCCAUGUUUCUUUAUAUGCUGCCAUGGUUUUAUUUUUUACAUUUAAAUCCCUGUUCCAUUUGGCAUUUAUUAUUAUGUCUAUAUGAAGUAUGGAUCUAACUUUAUCUUUUUUCCAAAUGUUUACAUAGUCAUUCCAACACAUUUAUUUAAAAGACCAUCUUUGGCCUAGUCAUUUGAGAUGAUACUUUUUUCUUUUUCUUUUUUUGAGGAAGAUUAGCCCUGAGCUAACAUCUGCUGCCAAUCCUCCUCU